UCCAAAACCCCCUCCCAACCUCUCAUCAAACUAACAUGACCUGACGACUUCCUAUCUUUUAAACCUCGAUUCAUCUUUGUCUGCAUCCUGUUGUCUUGCUCAAGCCCUGCUGGUCACGCCAUGGUUUUCUUUUCUUUUCUUUUGGUCUCAUGCUUUUUCAAAUUUCAUGUCAUUCGCUUGUCCAUACAUAUUGCAUUUCUUAGCGACUGUUUCGGGAAAAAGGAUGGUUGUUGGUCUUUCUGGCAAAAUAAGUCCCUGCUGUGCUGCAAGUGUCAUUACAUUCGCUCUGAGUUUUAUUUUCGGUGGUUUAUUUUCUUUUUUCUUUUUUGUCUCAUCAGUCAUUUUUAUCUGCUUCACACAUAUAUAGACAGGGAGGGAUUUGGGCACGCGUUACAGGGACUGAUUGACGAAUUUCCUCGUGGUUCCUGAAGGUGGAAUCGCUCCAUGAUGCCUACCUGCGAAAUCU